AUGGGAGGAUACAAAGGAAAGCAUGUUUUUCACUGUAUGUUUCUUUUUCUACUAAUUUUUCUUUUUAUGAGUGCUAUCAAGAAAGGACAACAAAGCAGCAGAAAUAUUAUCGGGACUUAUGGAUUACUAGGUACCAUUAUAUUAUACUUUUUAAGGUUAUCUCCUUUAUUCCCGAUUAUACAAACGAUUUUUAAUUUUUGUGGCCUUGUGUUUUACAAUGCUUUCCCCAAAAACGUGGAAUUGAAAAGUUCGUUGACACGUGCACCGUUUAUAUGCAUAAGAGUCGUUACACGAGGAUUAUUUCCAAAUCUCAUUUUACGAAAUGUACCAAGGAACCUAGAAAUUUGUAAAAAUGUUGGUUUAGAAAAUUUUGUACUAGAAGUUGUCACCGAUUACCCCAUUUUUAUCCCAAAAAACGAAAAGGUCAGAGAAAUUAUUAUCCCCAGUAGUUAUGAAACUAAAAAUGGUUCACUGUUUAAAGCUAGAGCUUUACAUUAUUGCUGGGAAGAUAGUGUUAAUAAAUUGAGCGAUUCGGAUUGGAUUGUUCAUUUAGAUGAAGAGACUCUGCUAACGGAAGACUCACUGAAAGGUAUACUGAACUUUGUCACUGAAGAUAAAUAUGAUUUUGGCCAAGGAACAAUACUAUAUGCUAGUGAAAUAGUAAAUUGGUUUACUACGCUUGCUGAUGCCUAUCGCGUAGCCCAAGAUAUGGGGAUGUUUCGGUUCCAGUUUUACGCAUUUAAUAAGCCGAUUUUAGGUUGGAAAGGUUCAUUUAUGGUCGCUAAGGCGAUUUCUGAAAGGAAAGUUUCGUUUGACCAUGGACCUGAGGGCUCAAUUUCGGACGGACAUUUCGCUCUAAAGGCGUCCAGCAUGGGAUACACUUUCAACUUUAUUGAAGGCGAAAUGUGGGAGUUGAGUCCAUUAACCGUGUUUGACCUUAUUAGACAAAGAAAGCGUUGGCUUCAGGGUAUGAUUAUAACCGGUAAUUGUGAAAAGAUUCCAUUGAAGUAUAGGCUUUUAUUUCUAUUACAUACGUACGCGUGGCUGUCGCUACCUCUUCGAGUGUGCAAUUAUUUCACAGCUGAAUACUAUCCAGUGCCGUUUCCAUAUGUAUUAGAUUUAUUAAUAGCUUUCAUCGGAGCCGUUGGGAUAUACUUGCAUAUCUAUGGCUCUAUUAGAUCUUACUCUAUGAAGCAGUACGGUUAUUUUAAAAUUAUCUUAGUUUUAGCAACAAUAAUGAUAUUGCCAGUUGUUCUUAUAUUAGAGGUAGUCGCGAUUUUUUUGGCGAUUUUCACUGAAAAUAAAGAAUUUUAUGUGAUAGAUAAAAAUUAA